UAAAAUCAGUCGGCAUUGCCUCAGCAUCAAAAUCCAGUAAGGACUUUGAACAGGAAAAUGAUUUUAACAGCAUGAUGGGGGAAAUGAGUGAUAGAUUUUAUUAUGUGUAUAGUUGUGACCUAGAUGUGAACCUACAGAUUAAAAUAGGGACUUUGGAGGGGGAGAGACAGAGGCCGGACUAUAAAGACCUGCUGGAGGAUCCUAUGCUGAAGUUUUCUGGGGCCUAUGGAGAAGGAUGCUCAGAUCUAUAUGUUACCUGCCAAGUGUUUGCGGAUGAACACCCCCUUUCUCUGUGUAUGAGUACAUCUUACAAAGCCUUCAGCACUCGAUGGAACUGGAAUGAGUGGCUAACAUUGCCAGUGAAGUACAGUGACCUACCUAGGAAUGCCAUUCUGUGUCUGACAGUGUGGGACAUUUAUGGAACUAAUCAAUCCAUUCCUGUAGGCAGCACAACCAUUCCUCUGUUUGGUAAAAGAGGAACCUACAGACAAGGCAUGCAUGACUUAAAAGUCUGGCCAAACACCCUCCCUGAUCCAAGUGUGAAUUCCACCACCCCAGGGAAAACCAAAGACCACAAGGAUCAGAUGAGCAAAUUAGCAAAGUUGAGCAAAAAGCACAGAGAUGGGCACAUGCUGAAAGUGGACUGGUUAGAUCGUCUGACAUUCCGAGAGAUUGAAAUGAUCAAUGAAAAACAGAAACGAGACUCCAAAUUCAUGUAUUUGAUGAUAGAAUUCCCCUUCAUACAUUAUGAUGAAACAGAAUACACUGUUGUCUAUUUUGAAAAGGAUGGAGAUGAACCAUUUGUUUUUAAAACAGUAGCUGACCUAGUUCAAGUCCCAGACCCUGAAAUUGACAUGGAAAAUUUAGUUGAAAGUAAGCAUCAUAAAUUGGCUAGAAGUUUAAGAAGUGGACCAACUGAUAGAGACAUGAAACCAGAUGCCAAAACCAGAAAUCUACUCAAUGAGAUUGUGCGGUAUCCACCCACAAAAACUCUGACCUCAGAGGAGGAAGAUUUGGUGUGGAAAUUUAGGUUUUAUCUGUGUAACCAGAAAAAGGCUCUGACAAAGUUUCUGAAGUGUGUGAACUGGAAACUGCCACAAGAGUCUCGUCAGGGUAUUGAACUUCUGACCCGCUGGAGCCCUAUGGAUGUGGAAGAUGCCCUUGAACUUUUGUCCCCUGCCUUCACUCAUCCCUCUGUCAGAAAGUAUGCUGUGUCAAGACUCAGGCAGGCUGAUGACCAGGAUCUCUUGCUGUAUUUGCUCCAGCUAGUACAGGCCCUUAAGUAUGAGGAUUUUGACGAGAUAAUGAGUCACAACGACAUUGUAUCAGAGAGAAGAGACUCCACAAAUGACCCUGGUGCUACAGAUAAAAUCAGGACUAUCAGCACCCUCUCUAGGGCCUCCUCUAAUGAGUCCAUCUUGGAUGCUUUGAGUGGAUCCUCUCCUUCUCAGACCGAGAGUCCCGAGUCUAAACUAGAGAGGGAGAUGGAUUUAGCCAGCUUUUUGAUCUCACGAGCUUGUAACAACUCAUCUCUUGCCAAUUACUUUUACUGGUACCUAUCUGUGGAGUGUGUAGACCCUAAUGGCCUAGAUAUUAAAGAUUCCAAAGUGACAAAAAUGUACCAGCAUGUUUUAAAAAGAUUUUCGCAAGCACUCUUCAAGGAGAGUCCCGAGUCCAGACAGAGGAGAUCAAUGAUCGCUCGGCAGCAGACGUUUAUAGACAGACUCGUGGAUUUAGUCAAGACAGUGAUGAGGGAGAGUGGCAACCGCAAGAAAAAAAUAGAGAGGUUACAAGCACUCCUCCAUGACCCUGAGGCCUGCAAAUUUGACUUUUCGAAUUUUGAGCCAUUAUCACUUCCUCUAGACCCUGACGUUAAAGUAUGUGGAAUCGCACCAGAAAAAGCAACACUUUUUAAGAGCAAUUUGAUGCCAUGUAAAUUCGUCUUCAAAAUAGUGGAUGGUGGAGAAUAUGUGACUAUAUUUAAACACGGAGACGACCUCAGACAGGAUAAUCUUAUUCUGCAGAUCAUCACGUUAAUGAACCGAUUAUUAAUGAGGGACAAUUUAGAUUUGAAGUUGACACCUUACAAAAUUCUUGCUACAAGCUGUAAACAUGGUUUUGCUCAGUUUGUGGAAUCUGUUAAUGUGGCUGAGGUUCUGAAUCAACACACUGGGAUCCAGAACUUCUUUAGAAUCCAUGCUCCAUGUGAGAACACUCCAUACGGAUUUCAGCCAGAAGUCAUGGACAAUUACAUUAAGAGCUGUGCUGGAUAUUGUGUCAUAACAUACCUACUGGGAGUCGGAGAUCGUCAUUUCGACAAUCUGCUGCUAACAAAGACAGGAAAACUUUUCCAUAUUGACUUUGGGUAUAUACUUGGACGAGAUCCCAAGCUCCUCCCACCUCUGAUGAAACUGACAACAGAAAUGAUUGAUGGCAUGGGCGGUCCCAACUCGGAGCAUUUUCAUGACUUCAAGAAGCUCUGCUACACUGCAUUCCUUGCAAUUAGAAGGUCUUCCAAUUUGAUAUUGAACUUGUUCACAUUGAUGGUUAGUUCCAACAUUCCAGAUAUUGCAAUUGAACCAGAUAAAACCGUCAAAAAGGUACAAGACAAAUUUGUGCUCCACCUAACAGACGAAGAAGCAGUUCAGUACAUGCAGAAUGUGAUUGAUGGCAGUGUGUCUGCUAUGAUGCCAGUGCUUGUAGAAAGAUUCCACACAAUAGCACAGAAAUGGAGGAAAUAGAGAAUUAUGUUAAAUGUCAUCAGAUGACCAGUAGUCUGUGAUGAGGAAAGUGCAAUAUUUUCUUUAGAUAUAUAAAUGUUCCCAGAGAUAAUUUGAAAAUCCUGAAACUUCAUAGCAGUACAUACUGUAUGUGAACCUCUGUUAAAUUAAGUAUUUGAAACAAAAUUGUAUUUUGAAUUUUUAAUAAAUUUAUUUUGCAAAUUCCA